AUGGACGAAUAUGAUGAAAUGUAUGGUAUUGAAGAUGACUUUGAACAGCAGUUUGCGGACGAGCUUGAGGUCAUGGCUGAGAUGGACUGCGAAUCCCCUCGUCAUACGAAAGUGUCCGACUUCAGGAGCAAGAAGCCACUGUCAUUUGAAGAUGCAAUCGCCUCUGGGGACAUUGUCCAAUGCAACAAGUCUGGUGCCAGACAUCCUGACUCUUCCGCUGCGAAGCCAGGCAGAUCGCUGCCUCACAGUCUCGAUGACAGCGAGUUCCCGGAACACCUGCUGGACAGCGAUAACUUUCAGAGUCCGAAGGCUAAGAGGCAGAGGCUUGAUGUGGCUAAAAAGCUGCAGUUCACUUCGUCAAAUGACAGAGACAACAUCACACCUCCCUCCUCCCCAGAGGACUACAGCAGAUCGAAGAGCAGCAGUCUCUCCCUUUUCCCUUCUCGAAGUGUGCCAACUGUGACUACCACUGCCUUGGAUAUUAGUGGACUGGGAGAAUUGCAGGAGUCUCCCAGGAGAAUUCCCACAGCAACAGGACAUGUGCUCCGCCGACCCCCUCCUACCGGAGAUUACAUCAGUGUCACAGACUCCUCGGGCAACAGGGUCUACUUGGCAAAAAGGGAGGAGAGCACUGUGAGGGCUGUGGAUAGCAGGGCUAUGCGGGACUCCCACUAUUCCCUGGGCCUGCUGUCUGUGCCCAUUGAGGUGCUGAGGGAGCAGGUGGCAGAGAGGCGUCAUCAGCAGUUGGUAGAGGAGUCCCAGAGGUUAACUGAGAUGCUCAACAGCCGAGUAGAUGAGGAAUUUGGGGAGAUGGACGGCAGAGAGCCGGAGGUAGAGGAGGAGGAGGCAGCAGACGAAGACCAGGACGGCACUGCCUCACGGCUCUGGGUUGACAGGUUCUCCCCUCAGCACUACACCGAGCUGCUCAGUGAUGAUUUCACCAACCGCUGCCUGCUGAAGUGGCUGAAGCUGUGGGACACUGUGGUGUUCGGUCGGGAGAAAUCCACGAAGAAGCCCAAGCACCCCCAGGUGGACAGCCGGUUAGCCCUCCAGCAAAAGGACCAGCAGAACUCGCGCUUCAAGACCAAGACCCAGAUCACUGAGGAGAUCCUGGAGGCCGAGCUGGAUCAGUACCAGAGACCAAAGUACAAGGUGGCGCUGCUGUCAGGACCACCAGGACUGGGGAAGACUACACUCGCACACGUUAUUGCAAGGCAUGCUGGAUAUAAUGUGGUGGAGAUGAAUGCCAGUGAUGACCGCAGUGCAGAGCUCUUUCAGAAGCGGAUUGACACGGCCACGCAGAUGAAGUCUGUACUGGGAGCCAAUGAGAAGCCCAACUGCUUGGUGAUUGACGAGAUUGACGGCGCGCCUUCUGCGGCCAUCAAUGUGCUGCUGGCUACUCUGAACCGAAAGGAGAGCCGUGAGGCGGAUACAGAGGCGGCGGGAAUCGGCACAAUGAAAAAGAAGAAGAAGAAGACUGAGUCGGUGCUUUUGAGACCCAUCAUCUGUAUCUGCAAUGACCUGUACGUGCCCGCAUUGCGUCAGCUGCGCCAGCAGGCCUUCAUCUUGACCUUUCCUCAGACUCAGCCCUCACGCCUGGUCCAGAGGCUCACCGAGAUCUCCAGGCGUCAGGGGAUGAAGGUGGACUCAGGGGCCCUGAUGGCCCUGUGUGAGAAAACGGAGAACGACAUUCGCUCCUGCAUCAACACACUGCAGUUCCUCCAUGGCAAAGGCCAGAAGCAGCUAGACCAACGGAUGGUGCAGUCCAUGACUGUCGGGCUGAAGGACCAGAACAAGGGGCUGUUCUCUGUGUGGCAGGAGAUCUUCCAGCUGCCCAGAGUCAAGAGGAAACGGAUUGGUGAGGCCCUCUCUCUGGGGGCUGAGCAGGGCGGGCAGAGCAGCACGACAGCUCAGAGGCUGCAGCACGUCCUGCACCUGGCGUCCUCCAGCGGAGAGCACGAGAAACUCACGCAGGGGCUGUACGAUAACUUCCUCAGUAUGAAGCUGAAGGACCCGAGUCUGCGAGGAGUGUGCUCCGCCCUGGAUUGGCUGGGCUUCUCUGACGUCCUCAACGAAGCCAUGCUGCACAGCCAGAGCUUCUCCCUCAUGAGAUACCUGCCCUUCCUGCCCGCUGCCUUCCACCUCCUGUUCGCCGCAACCACCGUCCCCCGCAUCAACUACCCAAACAGUCACUAUGAGGCCCUGACGCGGACGCAGCACACCAGGAAUGCUCUGGUGGCCAUGCUGGCCGAGAUCCCGCCGUCCAUCCGCAGCCGUGUGGGAAUGAGCUGCCUCUCCCUGGACAUCCUCAGCAUGCUGCUGGAGGUCAUCUGUCCCAAGCUGCGGCCGGUGAACCCUCAGCUGUAUAGCGUGCGGGAGAAGCAGCAGCUAGUGGAGCUGGUUGACACCAUGCUCUCUUACAACCUCACCUACCGUCAAGACCGCUCCCCAGAGGGCCAGUACCUGUACCUGCUGGAACCGAACGUGGAGGAGGUGGUGCGCUUCCCGGGGCUGCCCCCCCGCCGGCAGCUCACCUACCAGGCCAAGCAGAUGAUCGCCAGGGAGAUUGAGCUGGAGAGGAUGAGGCGGGCAGAGGCCAUGCUGCAGGCGCGCAACCCACAGCGGGUGAGACAGGCGGAGAAGGAAAAGAAUGAUCCCCAGGGAGGAGGUCAGAAGCUGCCUACCAGGAACCACCAGCAGAGAUUGGAGAACAUUGUCAAGCAGACGGUGGUGGACACCAGGCCGGAGGUGGACUUCUUCGGACGUGCCAUCGAGCCGAAGGAGAAGCCGGUGCCCUCUGCUGCUGCAGGUGAUGCAGGGAAAGUUGGUAUGGAGCUUCAGAUCGGGAAGGCAGUAGGCAACAGCGACGUGUGGUUCCGCUUCAAUGAGGGGGUGUCCAAUGCAGUUCGCCGAAACGUCUACAUCAAGGAACUGCUCUGA